UGCCUCCGACAACGACGAAGCACCUCACCGGGAAGCCCUCCCCGACUAAACCGGAACCGGUGGUGAACGAUGAUGGACAACCGGGGACCACUCUGACCGUGCCGGAAAUGGAACGUUCCUCGUCGACCAGUGCGUGUGAUCGGACUGAUCCGGCCGAGCUUCAGGAAGACAAACACUAUCACCAGAAUCUAAGCUUCGGACAGCUAGGAAGCUUUACCUGCAACAUGCACGCAUUUGGUUUGUCCCGGGAACUGUGUAACGAGUUUCUUGUUAAGCAGGCCGUCAUCGCUAACUUAUCACCAGAGCAACAAAAAUUGCUUCAAGACAACGUCGAUCGCAUGUACCGGGAGACGGAUCCAUGGCGGGAAAAUUAAGAUCCUCGACAGUACCAGCCGGCCGGACGGUGAUAAUGAUAGAGAUAAAGGCAUGCAUAGCAUGGAAUGACUCAUGAAACCAGAUAGUAUUUUGUGAUAACCUUUUGUGAUGCCCACUAUCCUGGACGAUACCGGGAGCAGCAGCUGAGAAAUUAAGAAAGAUAAACCAUAGAGCAUAGAGCGGCGCGUUUAACGUGUUGAUGAUGAGGUUGACGAAGAGCAUAAUUUGAAAUCUCUAGUAAUUCGCUUUCCUCGAGUACGAUCAUUCCUCGCAGACUUUUUAAUCAUUUUGCCCAUCACUUUAGAUACCGGCCGACAGUACGCAGGGUACAAGAAAAUAGGGGAAAAAGCAGAAACAGAAUUUGAACGAUUUCUAGCGACCAGAUAGAGGCAUUUAUGUCAACUAGCCAGGAACUAGGGCGUGCAACCAGGGUGCACCAAUCUACAAGCAAUCGUGCUCGGAUAGGAUGAGACACAUUUUGUGAUUAAUUCGAUGCGACAAUAAAAGACGCAAUGCGCCGUGUCAGCGAUGAGCAAGCGUGGAAGGUGCAACAAUCGGGAUAUAUCAUUCAAACGAUUGGAGCGCAGAUCGAGAGAUCGUUAAACUAAUCCGAUGUGAGUAAUGCUUUAAAUAGUCUUAAUUCAGGGCCCUUAUCAAGCGUACCAACAAGCCCGCUGCUAACGGGGCUUGCGACGUCGCAAAAGUGACUGUAACGGCGCGAAGGAUAUCCGUUUGAGCAUUUGUUACAGGUAGGUAAGCAAUAAAGGAAAGUUAUCAGCCAGUGCAUUAGUCAACCGGACGGAAUAAUAAGAGCAUAAGGGAAAGGGCUAAAAGCAUCGAGACAGUGUUGUUAUCAGCGUGAUAAAGAAGCAAAACCAACUAACAUACAUCAUCGUUAACUAGUUCAUAAAACAGUGAGUUAAAAAGCAAAAUAUUAUCUUAACAAAACCGAUGGGGACGUUCUUCAAAAAGAAAAGUGUAGGCCAACACCUCGCAGUUCGGUUUCGCUCGAAGCAAACAAGCAGAACGUCUACAGCGUUAAUCACAAUAAAUAUCAUCCAGCAGGCAGCGAGACCUCGCAGGUCUGCGGUGGAUCAAGG